CCUCGACCAAACGAUGGCCUAAACAACACAAACUGAUGCCAAAUCGUCUGGCAGCAUAACCUAGCAACAACAACAGAGCAGACAUCAGUCCAUCACGAUGAACUUGCUGCUAUCCGACGAUUAUCUCCUUCAAGAUUAUCCCGAAAACAUCACCAACACCAUCAGGUCCGGUCACGCAACAUGUCUGCGCUUCAACCGCAAAGGUGACUACCUCGCCUCGGGGCGAGUAGACGGCGCUGUUGUGGUGUGGGAUCUUGAUACCAUGGGUGUUGCGCGCAAGCUCAGAGGCCAUUCUAAAAGCGUGACAUCACUGAGCUGGUCGACCUGUGGCAGGUACCUACUUUCAGCCUGCCAGGGUUGGAAGGCAAUCAUCUGGGAUCUUAGCAAUGGGGCGAGGCAUCGCGAGGUGCGCUUCAGGGCACCCGUCUACAUUGCAGAGUUCAAUCCCCGCAAUCCUCUGCAGUUUGUGGCCUCGAUCUUUGAGGACCAACCCGUUGUCGUCGACGCUACGAAUCCCAUAGACGUCAAACAUAUCCUACCGUGCAAACCUAAGCGUCCGACUACCGACGACAGUGGCCUCAAAGACAAAUGGGCCAAGGAAGAUGCCAAGCAGAUGACAACGGUUGCCAUAUAUGAUUCUGCGGGUGAUUACAUCCUUGCCGGGACGAGCAAAGGAUGGCUCAAUAUUAUCGAUGCGAAAACCCACGAGGUCAUCUUCUCCAAGAAGACUUGUGCGCUUGUCAUAACGACCAUGCGGCUUACACAGAACGGCAAAAUUCUUUUGCUCAACUCGCAAGACAGAAUAAUACGGACAUUCCACAUGCCAAAUCUGGCAUCAGAGGAUUUUGAUCCCGACACGAUACAGCUGGUGGACGAGCACAAAUUUCAAGAUGUGGUCAACAGGUUGCAGUGGAACCAUGUGACGUUCAGUGCGACAGGAGAGUACGUGGCGGCAUCGACCUACAACAAUCAUGAACUUUACAUUUGGGAACGUAACCACGGCAGUUUGGUUCGCAUGCUAGAAGGGACAAAAGAGGAACAAGGGACCAUUGAGUGGCAUCCACAUCGUGCAAUGCUGGCUGCGUGCGGACUUGAGACUGGUAGGAUCAAUAUCUGGUCCGUCACGAGUCCACAACGGUGGUCUGCCCUUGCGCCCGACUUUGUUGAGGUUGAGGAGAACGUGCAAUACGUGGAGCGAGAAGAUGAAUUCGAUAUACUUGAACAGGAGGAAAUUGCCAAGAGAAGGUUGGACCUCGAGGAUGACGACGUCGAGGUCUUGGCUGUGCAUGCGAAUGAUGGCUACCCUGGCGACGACACUACAUUUCAGGUCCCGAUUCUAUACAACCUGGGGGAGUCGGACAGUGAGGAGGAGUUUGUCGCAGUGUCCACGGGCACGAUGCGGCGCAGAAGCCCUGGUGAUGGUGAGGGCGAUGGUUCUGUAGAUAAUCGGUCGACAGCUAAAAAGGCAACGACAGGAAAAGGCAGAUCGAGGAAGAAAGGUUGAUCUUGGUAGGGACGUUGGUUGAUCUCUCCACCAUAUGUCGUAAUAGAGUUGUCAGUUUAGUCAUGAUGCAUACAGGGCACGAACAUGAUCCAGAAAAAGGGGCAUUUUUUUUUUUUUUUUUUCUUUUAAAGUUUUUUUCAACCAACAGAAAACAGAAGGUUUCAAGUAAAAUGUUAUGGGACGUGGAUGUUGGAAAAAAGAAACACGUGCUUCACAUGGUAAAUAACAAACAAAGUUUUA